AAUGCAACCUGAAGAGAUAAUGACGUAAAAUUAAAUUGCAGGCCAUCAAUAAAAGACGGAGAAUUUUACGUCCUGAGGAUUAUUUUUUUAAUUUAUAUAGUGCUUUUAUAAAUGUUACAACAAAUGUCGAAGUUUUGGAAAGAAGCUUCAAGUGUGAUUAUUGUGGGAAAAAUUUCAUUUCCGAAGAAUGGAAUAGGUUUUCCUGUCCUGAACAGUCCGAACAAAAAUGCAGUUAACAUAGACAAGAUUAAAAGUGAAAGGUUAUGUGCUCCUAAUUUCAAGGUCCUUCUUCUAAAACGUAGUAGUAAAAGUUCUUUCAUGCCCAACGGUUACGUUUUUCCUGGAGGAAAUGUAGAUGUUGCAGACUCUUCGACAGAGUGGCGGGAUUUAUUUGAUGAGUAUGGAUUUGGAAAAUACGUAUCUGGACCAGAUAUAAGGAAAUUUAGUAAAAUAAAUAUAUUUGAAAGCCAAAGAAAGGAUGAAAUAUCAAGAUCAGUAUCUUUGCGAAUAACUGGUAUACGUGAAACAUUUGAGGAAUCUGGAGUUCUACUUUGCAAGAGUAGACGUGCACAUUCUUUAACUCGACCCUCAAAAUGGGCAUCAUAUUUGUCAGGACAUGAAAUACAAAAAUGGCAGAAAAAAGUGCAAGAAAAUGCAAGUGAAUUUAUCAGUCUUUGUAGGAAUUUUGAAUGUUUUCCAGACAUUUGGUCCCUACAAGAAUGGAGCAAUUGGCUCACGCCAAAUGAUUCACCAAAACGAUUUAAUACAAUAUUCUUUCUUGUUGCUCUUGACCAGAUGCCCACUGCGUUCAGUAGUAGCAGUGAAAUUGAUGAAUUGAAGUGGUCUACUCCAGAAGAAGUUUUGGAUUAUUGCAACAAACAGAAAGUCUUACUUCCGCUACCACAGUUUUAUGAACUGUCCAGAUUGAUUAAUUUUGACUGUAUAGAAGAGCUGGCCGACUUUGCUGUCCAGAGAAACUCAACAGGAAGUGAACUGUGGAUGGCUGUAAGAAUACAGACACUUGAUGGAGAAGUUUUCUUGCUUCCAGGUGAUGAUAUGUACCCACAUGAACCUAAAUUCGCUCCUGAUUCAGUACAAAAAGUGGAAAACACCAUAAUGGAGUAUCGGAGACAAAGUCAUAAGUUGCAUAGGUUGGAACGUAACAAGGAAUAUAACACAAGAUUGAUAGUUAGUAACAUUAAACCUUGUGAGAAUCAUAUCUUGCCAUAUGUUGCACCAUUCUGAAUUUCUUUUUUCAGAUACUACAAGUAGGAAACAACCAGUUGACAUAGAGAAUCCACUGAAAAAUAAAUAGUUCUUAUCUUAUCUCUUAAUGUAAAUGUACCUCAUCAGAACUUCCCUUUUAUCAAACAAAAGAACUGAAAGUAUCUGAGGUGAAUAUUAAGAUCAUGGUUUUCUGUGAUUUGAAGCCCUACAGUUAGUUAGAAAGAUAGAAAGCAACCUGCUACCUCCAUAUUCAGGUAUAAGCAUCCUCCAACCUCAAGAUGGAGGCAGCAGGUUCUUCUGAAAUAUUGGUAUUUAUGUACCAGACUACACAGCGUCAAAUUCUAGAAGACCAAUCUUGAAAAUAUUUGCUUUAGAGUAAUGAAAUAGGAAUUUACAAUGUUUUUCUGUGCAGAGGCAGGAUGGCUCAACUGGUUUAGUGAGUAGGCUAUAGUCUGGAAGACCAAGGAAUUUGUAUUCCAUUCCUAGGAGGUGCAAGAUAUUUUUCUCUUCUCUGUAACUUCCAGACCAGUUCUGGAGUGCACCCAGCCUCCUAUAAAAUGGAUACUGGAGGUAAUGCAAAGAGGCAUGGAACCAUUCACUUCCACCUAAUGUCAACGUUAAGAAUGGCGGAGUUAUACCUGUAUUCCCUUGUACGUCUUCAUGGCGUGGUGUUUAAUUAAUUAAGCUGAGGAUAACUUCGUAUAUUAAAAUAUAAUUUGAAAAAAUAUGUCCAUAUUCUGUAUAUUACUGGAUUUACUUGCAUAUUUCCCUGCCAAUCUUCUUAUUCUAUAUGAAGGUGAAGUUUGUGGUAUCAUAUUUGUACUUUUACACACAACUUUUCAAGUCAGUUUGUUUAUUUCCAUUACAUCUGGAAUGAGCAUCAUGGCAGUGGAAGACAGGUUAACUUCUGAAAUGGAAGCCAUCCUAGCAGCAUUCACUAUACAGAUUUACCAGCAUUUUAUGGAACCCGAAGGUUUAUUACCGUGUUCACAAGAGCCCUCCACUGGUCCCUAUCCUG